UUGUUGAAUAAAGACUUUGCAUCGUCUAAGGAUCCAAAUCUUAUGAUUUACACGAAGUUCAAGUGGAAAUUAAUCACGACUUGGUUUAAUAUUCUAUCUAUGCCUUACAUACUUUUAUGUAUUUAUUGCGACUGGCGAGAAUUGACAAAAGCAAAUGUUCUGCAUGUAAAGGCGUUAAAGAAUAUUAGAGAUUUUUAUUUCACCGGUCUUAUCCUGCCAGCAACGUUGUUUUCAGACAUCAUAUUCUGGACCUUGUGGAAUACGAACCGAGAGCUAUUGAUGCCACUUUCUAUCGACAAGUACGUGUCGUUUUGGGAUCAACAUAGCAUGCAUACAGCUUCGCUAGUAUUUGUAAUAUUGGACCUAGUAUUGGUUCCUCGACAAAAACCUAGCAAUUAUAGAUGGGGAAUUAUCAUCCUCUCUACAUACAUAUGCGCCUACGCUUAUGUGUGUCUUCAGAGUAUGUCACGAGAAGAAUACAUAUAUCCAGGUCUCAAGAUGCUUUCAACGUUUCAACUUAUUCUAUUAAUUACAUAUUUUGUUUUGGGUCACUUCUUCUACUAUAUUGGCCAAUGGUUCGUUAUUGAUUUACUUUGGGGUCAAAAAAGUAAUAUCAAGGGAACUGAUUAA